AUGGGAUGUUCUUUUCUGUGUUCGUUACAGCCAGUAUUACUUGCAGCAUCAUUGACGCUCAUAUUAUCGAUUCUGCCGUACUCCCUGGCUAGUGAUUUAGAAAGCUAUGCUGCCAGCGAAGCACUCGCCCACCAUCAUGCUCAUGCUGACCAUGAGUUAGUGCACCAUCAUCCGGAGGCGCUGCUGCACAGCCUGGCGGCACAAGCUGACCAUUCGCUCUUACAUCACGACGUGCACCAUGAUCUGCAUCACGACCUUCACCACGAUCUGCAUCACGAUGUGCACCACCAUGAUGUGCAUCAUGUGCACCAUGAUCAUGUCGUCGUGACUGCUACGCCGCAGCCGACCGGAUUCUGGAAGAAGAAGUUUAUCUGGAAGCCACGCUGGGUGAAGAGCUGGCAGGAGAAGAAGGUGUACGUCGGUGUCUGGAAGCGCGUCUGGGGACCGGUGCAGGUAACUGAAUGGGUGCCAAUUCCGAAACCACCGCCGGGCUGGACCAAACAUCACUGAAAAGCACUAAGGCGUAAAUAGUACUGUUAAUGCAUACCGUAGUUCUAUACACGAACGUUAUUCCUAAGUCAAUCAUUGCUGUAUGGUUAGAUGUAAAACAAUAAAUUCACCAUUUCACUGUUGUGUAAAGUACAAUAAUUUGUGAAAAAGCUUGAUAUUAAAAACAAUUAAAAAAAAUCGAUUUCAUCGUGAAACUAUUUCCAUACCA